AUGGUUGUGGCGCCACUGCAAUUCAUAUCAGAGAAUAUUGGAAAAAUGGAUUUAGACCAGCACAAUAAGCUCAUUCUCAGGGACUUUCCACCUGGUCCAUUGGAUCGUUACAGAAAACAAUCGAAGUUUGACUGGAAAAAUCUGAAACUGUUCCUUGAACAGGAAGAAUUACUGAGAAUGAAGAUGUUUAUCUGGAAACAUUUAGAGAGAGAUCCUCUGUUUCAAAGAUCUGAAGUAGAAUUAUGUACAGAUGAGAAGAAAAGAAAAGCAGCCUUGAGGUUACGCAAGUUCAUAGAUUACAAAUUUGUAGAUUUGGAUUUACCAUACAAAAAAAGGACCAGGUUGCUGAUGGCCUCAAACGAAGCUUGUGCAAGUAUUUUCCCAGAUGUUUCCGUAAAGCACGCUGUGGGUGUUGGACUUUUCAGUAAUACCAUUUUGACAUUGGGAACAGAGAAACACAAGCACUAUGCUUACGAAGGUAAUAAGAUGCUGGCUUGUUUGGCAUUAACUGAAGUAGCUCAUGGUAGUGACACAAAACAAAUGAGGACCAUGGCUACUUAUGAUCCAAGUACCCAAGAAUUUGUCAUCAAUACUCCAGACUUUGAAGCUGCUAAAUGUUGGGUAGGAAAUUUAGGAAAACAAUGUGUCAAUGCAUUACUUUUUGCACAACUGUAUUCCAAGGAACACUGUCAUGGAUUACAUGCUUUUGUUGUACCAAUUCGGAACCCAAAAACACUCAAACCCUUUCCCGGAAUCACAGUCGGAGACAUGGGAGAAAAAAUUGGACUCAAUGGAAUUGAUAAUGGUUUCAUAAUGUUCCACAACUACAGAAUACCGAGAGACAAUUUGCUGAACAGAACUGCAGAUGUAACUCCUGAGGGAGACUAUGAGAGCAGUUUCACAGACCCGGGCAGGAUACUGGGUGCAGCUCUGGAAAAUUUAUCUCUAGGACGUGUCGGUAUUAUGCAAGAAUCUUCUAACAAUCUCAUAUGUGCUGUCACCAUUGCAAUAAGAUAUGCUGCUAUCAGGAAACAAUUUUCCCCGAAUGGAGAAGGAAAUAACAAUAUGAUCGAAUUACCGAUUAUUGAAUAUCAAUUACAUCAAUGGCGCUUAUUUCCGCAUAUGGCUGCAGCAAUAGUACUAAGGACUUUUGUCAAUGGAUUCACAGAAACAUAUUUGGAUGUGAUCGAAAAGUCGGCGACUUCCACUGAAUUGGAGGAUCUGAGCGCAACAGUGUCAGAAAUGCAUGCCCUCGUCUCGUCUGCAAAGCCGCUGCUCACCUGGGCCUGCCGAGACGCAGCGCAGGAGUGCCGAGAAGCGUGUGGGGGACACGGAUUCCUCAAGGCGGCCAGGCUCGGCGACCUGAGGACCGUCAACGAUCCCUGCGUCACGUACGAAGGUGACAACAACGUGCUGGCGCAGCAGACGAGCAACUGGCUUCUGAGACAGUGGCAGGCCGUGAAGGCGGGCAGGCCGGUGUCCGCCCCGCUUGGUAGCUGCAGCUUCUUCGAGCAGCACGACAGGAUCGGACAGCUGCGGUGCGGGGCUGCGGGGAUGGAUGUGCGAGGACAGAAGUUCAUAAUGGACUCCUACCAGUGGCUCAUACUCUACCUAGUACAACGCACAGAAACCAAACAAACCGAAAUACUCAACAACGGUCUCGACAAAUUCACCGCUCGCAACGAAUCUCAGGUCUACCGAGCCUCCCUCCUAUCCAAGGCCUACGCAGAAUACACCGCCUUGCGAUACUACUGGGACAAAUUCUCCUCCGCGCCGGAAAGCCUGCGAACCACCCUGUACGACUUGGGGGUGCUCUACGGACUCAGCUGUCUCGAUAAGCAUUUGGUUUAUUUCUAUCAGGGCGGGUACAUGGAAGGGAGUGGGGGUUCCGAGUGGGUCAAAGAGGCCAUUCUGGAUUUGUGCAAACAGCUGAAGCCUGAUAGUGUGGCGAUUGUCGAUGGCUUAGCUCCGCCGGAUUAUGUGGUGAAUUCUGUGCUAGGGAACUCGGAUGGACGGUUGUAUGAAAAUCUUCAGACUACCAUAAUGCAUAAUCCUGGAGCAAUGUCCCGUCCAUCGUGGUGGCACGAAAUAAUCCAUGAUGAGAAAGGUGAUAUAUCUAAACUGCAAAGUAAACUCUAG